AUGGGCCAUAUGCACUCGAAGCUGCAGCUCCUCAAGUUCCCAGGCCACCUACGCAUUGCGGUGCCUACGGGCAACCUUGUCCCUUAUGACUGGGGAGAGACGGGGACUCUUGAGAACAUGGUAUUUCUCAUUGAUCUGCCAAAGUUGCCCAAAGGCAGAUCGGCGGAAGGUACAGGCACGCCGUUUAUGGAGAAUUUAUCCUACUUCCUUACAGCCCAGGGUGUGGAUGCGGCGAUGGUGCAGAGCCUUCGCAGUUACGACUUUUCGGAGACUGUUCGAUAUGCCUUUGUGCACUCCAUAUCUGGCUCUCACAUGGACGAGUCGUGGAAACGCACAGGCUACAGUGGUCUGGGUCGGGCUGUCAAGGCCAUGGGAUGGGCAUCGACAGAUCCCAUCCAGGUCGAUUAUAUUUGCUCCUCUGUGGGCUCCGUGUCUGAUGACUUGCUCAACGCAUUGUACUUUGCCUGCCAAGGCGAUUCCGGUUUAAAGGAACUUGAGUCAAGGACGAAGAGACCUCGUGGUGGAAAAGGAAAGAGUGUUGCCGCACCGGAGGCUGCGCCUGCCAACCCCAACAGUCCACAAAACUGCCUACGAUUGUACUUUCCGUCGGACGAAACAGUGGGAAGCAGCAUCGGGGGCAAGAAUAAAAAAUGGUGGGAAGCCCCCUCCUUCCCGAAGGCGAUCCUUCGCGACGUACAGAACGUCCGCACGGGUGUGUUGAUGCACACCAAGCUUCUGUUUGUACGCUUGGGAUACAACACGCAAGAGAGUGAGGCAAGCGAUGCGGCUCGCCCGCGUGGAUGGGCCUAUGUGGGCAGUGCAAACAUGUCCGAGAGCGCAUGGUGA